AUGCCUCAAAAACCAUUUGACUGGGAAUUGUGGAUGUGUAGUGUCAGUGCUGGUGACUGGUGGCGCUUGACCCAGACGUACUCAAUUUCCACAGCAGUGAUGUCCAUCAUUGGCUAUAUCAUUGGUCUUGGUGACAGGCAUCUGGAUAAUGUUCUUGUCAACCUAACAUCUGGAGAGGUGGUUCACAUUGAUUACAAUGUGUGCUUUGAGAAAGGUAAAAACCUACGUGUCCCAGAGAGAGUGCCAUAUCGCAUGACACACAACAUUGAGGCAGCACUUGGAGUGACAGGAACUGAGGGUGUGUUUAGGAAUGCCUGUGAGCAGGUCUUGAGGACCAUGCGAAGAGGACGUGAAACUCUUCUGACCUUGCUAGAAGCCUUUAUUUAUGAUCCACUAGUUGACUGGACACCAGACAGUGAAUCAGGCUAUGCUGGUGCCGUAUAUUCCAUUUUUCAUCUUAUUCCAUCUAUUUCAUCAGCUCCCCCACAAGUUCCACGGCCUUCAGAACUGUACUACAGCAAGUUGACACCCAAACUACGAGAGGCAGGAGUCAGCCUGGAUAACCGUAAGGAAUGGCCUCUUGGCAUUCUGAGGGAUGUUCUGAAAGACCUGAUUAAAGAGACUCCAUCCAAUCUGCUUUCAAGGGAAUUGUGGAUGUGUAGUGUCAGUGCUGGUGACUGGUGGCGCUUGACCCAGACGUACUCAAUUUCCACAGCAGUGAUGUCCAUCAUUGGCUAUAUCAUUGGUCUUGGUGACAGGCAUCUGGAUAAUGUUCUUGUUAACCUAACAUCUGGAGAGGUGGUUCACAUUGAUUACAAUGUGUGCUUUGAGAAAGGUAAAAACCUACGUGUCCCAGAGAGAGUGCCAUAUCGCAUGACACAUAACAUUGAGGCAGCACUUGGAGUGACAGGAACUGAGGGUGUGUUUAGGAAUGCCUGUGAGCAGGUCUUGAGGACCAUGCGAAGGGGACGUGAAACUCUUCUGACCUUGCUAGAAGCCUUUAUUUAUGAUCCACUAGUUGACUGGACACCAGACAGUGAAUCAGGCUAUGCUGGUGCCGUGUAUGGUGGUGACCAAGCUCUGGUAUCAGGUGCAAGACAAAGUCGGCAGCAGCUGGAACGAGGUCUCACGCUCAGUAUGUUUGCUGUGAGAAUAGCAGAAAUGAAAGCUGACUGGCUAAAUAAUAAAUCUGAAGUUCUGGAGUGCAUACCCAGUGUGGAACUCAGCUUAGUGGAGUGGCAAAAGGCACAUGAGGUUCAAGCAGAUGCUGAGGCUAACCUGCAGGAUGGCCACCACCUCAUGGCUAUGCUCAAGGAAGCAGAAGCUAAUCCACAGCACAACCUUUAUGGUCUCCGUCCACGUUAUGAGGAAUAUGCCAUAGUCAAAAAGUCAAUGGACCAUGCCAAAGAGCUAGUGAAUACAAGGCUGAUAGAAGUGAAACACUGGCAUACUCUGUAUUUGACUGCAGCUAGAGUGUUUGAAGGAGGCCAAGCAGGUGAAUGGAGAGCCAAAGUGAGCAAUGCAGGAGUGAUGUUAGCCAGUGUGGCUCCUGUGACAGAGUUUCUCACCAAGGCUGGACAAGGUCAGCUAGCCACACAGUGUGAACAUACUGAAGUUGAGCUGAGCAAAGUAGUGAACCAGGUGCAGAAUGUUUUAGGUGCCAGCCUUGAUCUACUGAUAAAGUAUGGGGGUGUUUGGGUGAAUUACCCAGCUGAUCAUCUUUCACGACAUAGGCUGUCAGAACAACUAGUGUGGCUUACUUCACUCCUGCAAGACUUUUCACUGAAUAAUGUGCAGAUGGUGAUCAGCAAGAGUCAUCGUGAGGCUCCAGACGCCACAGCAAUAAGUCAAGCUUGUAACAUAGACAUGCAGCUUCAAAGUAAAUCCCUUCAAGUUACAUCACAGUUACAGAAGGUGUAUGAAAGGAUGCGCUCAGAGGGUUUGAAUGACGGAGUAAUGGUAGUGAACACUGUCCAAGAGACUUCCCUUGCUUUGUCAACCCUUGUAACUGAGCAUGGAAUAUCCGGUGUUGCAGCAAUGACUUGCGCCCUUCUCAACUCUCUCACUCAGCUCACGAGUGCCAGGCUUCGUGCUGACAAAACGGCUGCAGGAGCUGGCGAAGGACUAGUAGACCUGACAAUAGGGGGGUUGUGGUGGUUGAGGGAGAGCAUGGUUACUCUAGGUGGAAUGGUUGAACUUGUCACCCUUUUGACAACACACUCCCCUCCAGCGUACCCACAGGAGACUCCUGUCAUUCAAGCUAUGUCAGCAUUACAUGAUGUCUUUGCAAGUCUCCAUGAAUUGGUUUUGAACACAAGUGGAAUCAUCAUUGUAGAGGGUGUCAGACUGUUCUGGCGUGGAGAACCCUCAGUGAUCAGCCUAGCUACAGAACUCCAAGCAGUUGUAUCCAGUUCCCCCACUCCACCAUCUGCACUCUGCCAGCACCUCACCACACACCUAAGGCUAAAGAUCCUUAUGAUGCCACCUCGUCAUGAAGAAGCUCUCCAAGAAGCAACGAACCUUCAUAAUCAGCUAAUGAAUGUGAUAGACAGAAUCACCUCUGAUGGAAGCAGUGACAUGAGUCAGGGACAGAUGCUCCUCAUGGGCUUCCACUUGCUCUUUGAGGCAGUCGAGACCCAGUUAGACCAACUCAUGGAUGCCCUUAGCAGUGCGCCGCUGCCGCAGCCUUGGCCAAGAGUAGAUACAGCAAGGGAGGCUGCUGAGAUAAUGGCUCCACUCCAUGACCCAAGUUUACGCCAGGUUCUACGAUCCUUGCUGAGAGUGAAGAAGGUCCAGACUAUUGUUGACUUCUUUUCCACUGCAUACCAGUCCUCCCCAGCAUUCAGGAGAGAUGAUCCUAUUGGUAACAGAAAUAGCAACAGUUUAUGUGACGAGGAGAGGCUCCAAAGAAUUGUUCGUCGGUAUGCAAGUGAUUGUGUAUCUCUCUUGCUGCUUGGUCUACCUUCAUACCUGGCAACACAUCUGCUUCUACUACACUGUCAGAAACUUGGUAUCAAUGUAUCUGGUUAUAUUGAAGCGAGGGAUGUAGGCACAGAAGGCAGGGUGAAUCUAGAUAACAUAGUCCAAGAGGCAUUAGAAUGUUGCUUGACUCAUCACAGCCUGGACCCUGCACUGCCCUCUUCUGCUGCAGCAGCUCUCACUCUUCAUCUUAAUGCAGUCCGCAAGAAAUUACUCCUGAGACACUGGGAAGGUGAAGCAGAAGGGCUGCGGACAACACAUCAGCGUGUGACAGCUCAGCAUCUGGGACAUCAGUGGUAUAAUGAAGAUUACCUAAAGCAACGAGUUGUAGCACCAUCAGUCCAGCCAGGUCGAGGUGCAUUACUAGGAGAAUUGAGAACAAAUGUAAGCACGCUUUUGGCUCUGCACCAGAAUGUGUCAGAAUUGCGUGAAAAGUACACCAACUUGACUGGAAAUGUUGAACAGCGUCUCAAGUGGGCAGCUGGUUCAAACCCAACCAUAGCUCAGGCAUUAGAGGAAUUCAGUAAUGGUGUAGAAGUGGCUCUUGAAGGUGUGAGUCAACUUGUACAUCAGAGUAAGGAAGUCGCAUCUCUCUGUAAUGCUGUGCUGCAUUAUGAGGCUCUUCGAACUCAUACAGUAGAUGCCAUCACUUGGGAUGCAAAUUUCACUUCAGUACUGAAUACCUGCCAAGAAAGCUGCAUGCUUUUAGAACGGUAUCACUCUACUGUAAGUCCACAAGAGGAAAUGCUGGUCACACUUUGCCAUCUGCCAGCUGAUGUUAACACACAGUGGAUCCAGAAUGCAUCUGUUGCAGUGUCAGACCACAUUGAACUCCUCACAAAAUUAGUGAGUGACCAGAGCAGGGAGCUUAGGAAGGCUGCAGAAAAUGUUCGUUUAAAUGUUGUUACCUUGAGGACCCACCUUACUACACAUCAUAAAUUCAUGUCUGACAUCAGGGCACUACUGAAGAGCAUGGCAAAGUUUGAGGAUGAGGGAGGACUAGCUGGUGUAGAUGAGUACCUGGCACUUUACCGCACUUAUUCUGAGAGCAUCUCUGGGCUCAUCAGGCAAAUGCUACAUGAUCCAUUGUCUCCUGAAAAGGCAAAGGCAUAUUUGCAGAAGCUGCAGGAAGUAACUAUGCAAACAGGCACCAUAUAUGACAAAUUGGUAGAAUUUGGCAAUCAAUGUGUAGUAGAGGAAGCACAGGAAGAAGCAGAAUCUCUUAAAGAGACAAAUGGAGAGCCUCGAAGGCCCCCAUUACUGCGGCAGUCAAGUGUUGUCAUGUCACCUUCGAAAACUUUCACUCCUGAUUCCAGGAUGAAGGUAAAGAGACAUCCACUUACAGGAAAAGUUGUCCAAGAGCAUAAUGCAUAUGCUCUUAAUGUUUGGCGCCGAGUCAAAGUUAAACUAGAAGGAAGGGAUCUCGAGCCCUCUAGGAGAGCAUCAGUGGCAGAACAGGUGGACUACACCAUCAGGGAAGCCACAAAUUUAGACAACUUGGCAACCUUAUAUGAAGGAUGGACACCAUGGGUGUAAAGAACUAAGAUAAGAAAUAUUUUGAAAUAUUUUCAGUCACAUAUUCAGUGUACCAGUGCAAUUCUUAAUUCAUCAUUAUUAUUGAUUUCUGCUGUAUUUUUUCCAUUCUCAAUUAUUCUGUGAUAUUUGAAUGUGUAAACAACUUCCAAAUGGCUAAUAUACUAUGUUCAAGAUUUGUAAUGUCUAUGUCUAUAGCCCAGUUCAUAUAUAACUUAAAAAUGUAUGGUCUGUUACAUGGAUUUAGUCAAGUACAUAAAACCUAGUAAAUGUACAUUAAUUUCUAUGGAACAUUUAUUUUAUAUAUAUCAUAUAUCAAAUCAGAUGUAUUUCCUGAUGGGUAAUCACUGUUGACUGUAACUUGUUUUUCUUUUAAUAAACUGAUGUCAAUUAAAUAUUAUAGGUUUGUAGAUCAUCUGUCUUCAAAUGUAUUUGAGAAUGUCAAAUAAGUAUGCACUGCAGCAGCUAACUUGCCUGUAUCAAGAUUUGAAUUAUGUGCUUACUUGUACAACAUAGGUAUAAUGUUAAUGAAAUGCAGAAGGUA